GCUGUGGUGAUGGGACCCAGAUGAGUUCCCCAUUGGACUUCAUGUCUAAGAGAACUGACCCUGACUGGAGUCCUUCUAUAGCUCUCUUUGGGGACAUGGGUAAAACUAACGCCCAGUCACUUACCAGACUGGAGAAGGAUGUGCAGAAGAACAUGUACGAUGCCAUUUUCCAUGUGGGGGACUUUGCCUACGAUAUGGACUCAGAUAACGGUAAUGUCGGUGACAGCUUUAUGAGAAAUAUUCAGCCAAUUGCAGGGCAUGUACCGUACAUGACAUGUCCUGGUAACCACGAGGAGAGAGGAAACUUUUCAAACUACAAGAACCGAUUCACCAUGCCUACAGAUGAGCUUGGUGACAGAAUGUUUUACAGUUUUGACAUGGGUCCCAUACAUGUGAUAUCAUUUUCUACGGAGUACCUGUUUUUCCUGCAGUUUGGUUUCGACCAAAUCAUCAACCAAUAUAACUGGCUUGUACAGGAUUUAGAGAAAGCUGCAAAGAAUCGAGACAAAACACCCUGGAUCAUAACAAUGGCACACAGACCAAUGUACUGUAGUAACAGAGACAAUGAUGACUGUACUCACUAUGAAAGUCUGGUACGAGUUGGAGUGCCCUUUAUUCAUGCCUACAGUCUAGAAAAGCUGUUCAAAUCCUAUGAUGUUGACUUGAUGUUCUGGGCUCAUGAACAUUCAUAUGAACGUCUUUGGCCUGUGUACGACAGAAAUGUCUUGAAUGGAACCAAAGCCCCAUACACUAAUCCUGGUGCCCCUGUCCACAUCAUCACUGGGUCUGCUGGAUGUUCAGAGGAUCACGAUGACUUCGGUAAUGCUGCUCCAUGGUCAGCCUUCCGCAGUGUUGACUAUGGAUACACUCGUAUGAAAGUGUAUAAUGCUACACACAUCUACAUAGAACAAGUCUCCGAUGACAAGGAUGGCAUGAUCAUUGACAAGGUGUGGUACAUCAAGGAAAGCCAUGGUAGAUUCAACUAAAUCUUCAAGAAAAAGACCUGGUAGAUUCUACUAGUGAUGGAAAAUCAAUUAAACAUUGUAAUUGAUUAUCAAUUAAAAUUGGAUUAUUGGUGUAGUUAUUUGAUUACUUAAUCAGCUGACUGCGUUUUCUGUGUUGCAGUACUAGAAUCCCUUUUUUGGAAUUAUAUAAUGAAAUGCCUUAAUUACCUAGAAUUUGAAUAAGAAUGACUGUUAUUCGCAACUGAAUUUUUGUUAUGCACGAUACGAAGAUGAUUUUACUAAAACAAAGGAAAAUAUUAAGGUAAUGAUGAAUGAUAAUGAAAAAUUACUAUCAACCAUGACAUCAGGAGAGAUAAACAUCAGAUUAUCAAUUAUAUCUUUUCAUCGUCCCAUCAUUAGAAUCUACUGGAUUUACAUCAAGGAAAAUAACAGUACAUUCUGUAAAUCCUUUUGAAAGAAAAUUAUAGUGGACUCUGUUUAAUAAUCAAGGAACACGAAGGCAGAUGCUACUCAAUGGCCUUCAGUUGGUGUAUUUCAUUAGAACCUCUUCAAGGUUAAUCACAAGAAUUUCUACAAAAUUUCUGUCAAACUAUGCUGCAUUAUACUAGAUCUUCAAUGAAAUGGAGGCGAUGAGAGGGAGAUACCACCAGACAUCUUCAAAAAGCUUAACAAAACUUCAUUGUCUACUGUAUAUAAUGUUAUGGUGUUAGUUGAUCUUCAAUCCUGAUCAGUUUUCAUAUUUCUGUAGAUUUUUUUUUUACCUUAGCUGAUGGACAAAAAAACAGACCAAUUAACACCAAUAUUGCCAUGUAAAACAUUGAAUGAUAUGACUUUAGGUUACCCGAUGAUGUGUCACAUGAUAAAAAUGCUGAAGGUUACCUGAUGAUGUGUCACAUGAUAAAAAUGCUUUAGGUUACCCGAUGAUGUGUCACAUGAUAAAAAUGCUUUAGGUUACCCGAUGAUGUGUCACAUGAUAAAAGUGCUUUAGGUUACCCGAUGAUGUGUCACAUGAUAAAAAUGCUUUAGGUUACCCGAUGAUGUGUCACAUGAUAAAAAUGCUUUAUGUGCAUCAUUACUUUUUACCAAAGAAUUUGUGGGAAAAGCUUGUGCCUCACUACGGGUCUAAAAUGACAAAGUCUGAUGGAAGUCUUCUGGGGGACCAUGCUGACUAACAUUAUAAACCAGUUGAUAUUGUAUAUGUCAAUGUCUGACAGCUUUCUGUGGUUGUCAUGGUUUACUGUUACUGGGACACAUAUACCAAUGAAUUUGACAUGAUUGGUACAAGAUAUAAAUUUUAUAAGCUAAUAAUACUAACAUAACCAGUAAAGAUAUGAAGCAAAGUUUAACUAUUUUCUCUGAAUGUUGAAAAUAUCUUAUAUUUUUUAAUAACAAAAUUCAAACCAUAUUCUCAUAACAUGAUAUUACCAUACUCCACUUGCCAUUUGAAGUACAGACAAGUCCAAUUUCAGAAAUGAACAUAUUUAAUUUUCUCACCGUCCAAGCAUUAUAUUUUUUUUCAAUAAGUCUAUAUUUUUAAUACAUACAAUAUUUAUGAAUACAACUGGCAGUUAUAUUUUCCCUACAGCAGUGAUUUCCAGCAGUAGGUAGUUUUGAUAUACAGCUUUUCAAGGACCUGUGGACUAUAAUCUCUCUUCAUUGUCAGGUGGAGGAGUGUUUUGUAUAGAGUGUGACAUUACUUUGAGAAUGUACAUUAUUAAAUUUUGUGAUAUUUUCUGUCAUUAGUGAAGCUCUGUCAAACAUGUUUGAAUUUGUAUGAGCUAGUGUACAGGACUUACAAUGUAUAUUAACAAUUUUUGUGAUAUUUUCUGUCGUUAGUGAAGCUCUGUCAAACAUGUUUGAAUUUGUAUGAGCUAGUGUACAGGACUUCUAAUUUAUGCUGUAACUACUGUAAUUCAAAAGGAAAAAAUCUUUCAUGAUUUAAAUCUUUUGAGAUUGCCAACAAGGUAACAUAUCCUAGCUAGAUUGAUAAUUCCACUUUAGAUCUCCAUCAAUGUAGAUCUGGUCACAAAGCAUAUAGAAUUAUCUGAAUAUGGUCUGAUGGAGUUGAUCACUUACCUGUCCUCGUAAGUAUGAUCUUAAGUCUUGGACCAGGAAUAUAUCAUUCUACUCAGAAUUUUAAAAUUUGUAUUCACUUUAUACAGGAAAAUAUUCACUCUGUAUUUUUUAGCCUUUGUAAUAAGUAUUUUCACUUAGUGUUAAAUUUGCCCUAAAAAAGAUAAAACAAUUGUUAUAGGUUGAACAGUGGUCUUUAGGGCACCUUUUUUUUGUCCUAUUGACAAAAUUUUCCCUGUUUACAAACUUGUUCAUGCGGAAAUUCAGUCUUCAAAUAAAUUUAUGACUGUCUUGAACUGUUGGCCUUUAGGUCCGACAAGAUUUGGUUGUAACCUGACCUUUAAGUAACCAAAGUGAUGAUUUGUUUCUAAGCACAUUCCAUGUUAUACCAUGUAUUUAGCAGUGAUUGAUCCACAAUUUUUUGUAAGUAGAUAAAGUAGAUGUAAACAAUAUGUCCUCAUGUACAUUUAUUUACUUGAUUAAUGUUGACAUUGUUAAAUAAGGUGGAUCAAUUUUAUAUUUGAUAAAUCAUGACAUGUUACAUAGUAGAUUUAUAGAUGAUGUAGUAUUGAUGAAUUGUGAUUUAGAAAACUUAGGAAAUAUCAAAUCAUUGAUGUUGUUUAAGUAUGCCAAAUACGGAAUUCAAAUGUUGAGCACCAGCAAAUUUCACUGGAAAGUUUGAAAAUAAUUGUAGAAAGUAUUUUUUUUAGAUAAUUCAGCUGCAUUUGUUAUUUAGAGGAGGUGUUUAUCAGAAGACAUUAAAGACAAAAAGAUAACAGUGUGAUAUUGUAUCUAUUUUAUGUGACUUUCAGUAAAAUGAUUUGACAUAAA